ACGGACCUUAAACAAUAAGAUUUUACACGACGUAAUGGACUUGUUAAUAAACAGACGCUACACGACAAGGUUUUAACAUUUAUACAAUACUUAUUGUAAGGAUCGGGGAGUUAUGAAGAUAUAUGAGAGAAUAUUCAAUACCAUACUUAUUCCGACGAAUAUUGCUAUUAUCACGGAUGUGUCCCGGUAGGUCGAUUACCAAGACACGUUGUACUUAAUACAUUUUUUUAUAAAUAAUAAUUUUCUUUUCGGCAGAGACUAAAGUGACCAGACGGUGCUCAAUAGAACAACAUUGGGUGAAGAUUAACUAAUACUGGAUAUUAAUUAAUAAUGGAUAAAAGAGCAGCGAGUCAUCUACAAGGUUACUACAUGUAUGAACGCAGUUUUAACAAGCACGUUAUUGCAGAUGAUACCGAGGUGCAUGAAGCUUAUAAAAUAGCUCAAGAAAGGGGAGCACUUCCUUUUAACAGAACCAAAAUACUUAUCCUAGGCGACCACACUGCUGGAAAGACUUCCACAUGCAGGCGUUUAAAAGGAAAAGAAUUUCGGCAUGACGAGCCCAGCACAAUAGGAAUCGAAACAAACAUUUUCAAGGCGAAAAUUGAUGAUGUUAAUAGUAAGUGGUGUGAAGUAUCAAACACACCUCUAGAAGAUUAUGAAAGUUCAGUGGCAUGGUGGGCAGUAUCACACAUGCUCAAGCGUAGUAUGAAAAAAUCUAUGAGGUCUGGUAGAAUGCCUGACGUAAAUUCACAUGUCUCGUUACGAGAACUAAUUGAAGAUAUAUUUCAUCAGAUAGUAUAUAUUAUUCCCUUUUUAAUUACGUUUCUAACCGGUGGGUUUACUUUCGGAUUUGGACUGGUUGUAUGGAUUUAUAUUCUGUGCUUGAUGUGUGUAUUCGAUGUUCACACUGCGUACCGCUUUGGUUCCGGGUACACUCUCGGGAUGGUACUGAUAGACAGUGCAAUGAGUAAUAAUGACAUUUACAACGAAAUGCAAGACACUGGAUUGGAUUGGAAUAGUAUGUCGGCUGUCCUGAUGGCUCUUAUGUAUGGACUGGUUGGCCUAAGUACUGGCGUGCUUAUUAGCGCAGGUUGUAGGACUGGCGUUUGCAUAGCAUUUUGCAUAAUGGUUCAUCCUAAACAGAAAACAUUUACCAUCGAUAAUGUUACAGAACAGCUACAACUCAUCUACAACAAAGUAUAUCAUAAUUUCAUAAUUUGUAUCAUUGCCUUUAUAACAAUUGUGAUUUUUAGAAAUGUUCAUGCUAAGAUAUUAUCAAUGAGUCGAAAGAGCUGUAUAAUUUUUUCCCUAACCAUUAUUAUUUUUAUCACACCUGCCGCCUUUAUACGAAGGUCAUUAUGUCUAGGCCUAUUUACUACUCUGUAUAUUGCUGUAGUUGUAAGUUUCUCAAUAUUUGGAGUUCUUUUGGGAAGAAAAUUUGUCGCGUAUGAAUAUUUUCCUGAAAAAUAUGUCAUCAAGAAAUCUAUUGGUUUUCUAGCUGGGGCAUGUAUAGCGGUUUUUUGCAGAUGGGAAUUUGCAAAUUUGAGAACUCUUAUCUUAAAUCAUAACCAGUACUUCUCGGUUUCACGGUAUUUAUUUAGCUUAUUGAAUUUUCUCGUCCCAAUCACUGCCUUUAUUGUAUACGAAUGGUUUGCAUAUAUGAAAGUGAAAAAAACGACAUCCAUACCGAUAACUCAUGUCAGACAAUCGAUGAAAGCAAGUAUUCGUAACGAAUCUUAUUUAGAUGCAAGAUUGAGUUUAUGGGACUUUGCAGGGCAGGAUAUGUACUAUAACACACAUCACCUCUUUAUGUCUAAACAGGGUGUGUAUCUCAUUGUUUUCAACGCAGUUGAAGCGGUUAUGAAUCCUGAAAAACAAAUCAAACGGCUAAAGUUCUGGCUACAAUCAGUUGCUAUGCAUGCAGAGGUUGAAAAUGCUGUAGUCUUUCUUGUAGGAACCAGACGAGACAGUGUUGGUGAAAAAAAUGCUUUUUUGAAUUUUUUAAACCUAGCAAGAAAACAUCUCUACAAAAGGUUUUCUAAGUUGCUUGCAUUUCAUCCGUCUGGAAGUCUUUUCUUUUUGAUUGAAAACGCAUCACCAUUAGACGAACAACGUAACAUAUUACGAGCAGUUAUCUAUAAUGAAAUACAAAAAUUGAAGUUUUUUCAGGAGAAAAUUUCAUUGAGAUACCUUUUAUUUAAUGAAACUUUAAACAAGUUUCGCCAGCGAAAUUGUAUUAUUGUUAAGUUUGAAGAUUUCUCAGAUGAAGUAAAAUCAACCUGUAAUAUCAUGUCAAAAAAUGAGUUGCGUAGAUUCUUAACUUUUCAUGAUCGAUCGGGUGAUCUCAUAUACAAUGAACGGGAUGAGAUACUCCGAAAUUACGUCAUUUGUGAUCCUCAAAUGCUUGUAGACAUUUUGCAGUAUUUGGUAAAUGUUCCUGUACCUCAUAAGCGAAAUCGGACAGUAUCUGACUACUGGCAGAGAUUAGAGGACACAGGAAUUGUUGAUAGUAAAUUACUAGAGCAUAUCUGCCGAGAAGAAGGAAUCUGGAUACUUUAUCCUUAUGUUAUUCGUUUCUUAGUGGGGACACAUCUACUUUUCCCUCUUAAGAUUACUGACCAUGUCGACCAAGUUGGAAAAUUUUUCCUUUCCUGUCGACUACCGAUGAUCAAUGCCAUGUCAAAUAUCUGGAACAGCAAUGAUCACUCGCAAGACAUUUUUUACUUUGACUUUGGUGAAAUCAUUCCAGAAUUUAUUCUUGUGCGUCUUAUCGCUAAAUGUUGUGAAGUGUUUACUUGGGAUAAGAUCUACUACAACGCAGCAAGAUUUAGGACUAGCAAUUCAUGUCUAUUUGUUCUCAACACCAAUGAAAUUUCUGAAAGCACGUACGUGCGACAUUUGAUCAAAGUUGCGGUACACAAUGAUGAUAAAGCACAGGCUAUACAUGUUUUACAAAAACUGAUUAGUUUUACUGAAGAAAUAAUUUAUAGAGAUUUCAACCCAUACCAUUUUUGUGAACAGUAUAUCUGUGGACCCGAAUGUGAGCGAUGUAGUUUCCUUGAUGGAACACUGCGUUUGGUGAACCUCAUAACACCUGCAAACGAGAUAUCUACAUUGGACGGCUACAAACCAGACCAUUACCAUAAGGUUACACUUGAGCAAAAGUUCAGUUUCACCUGUAGUCGACAAAAAAACAACUAGGUCUGAGGAUAUUUUGCAGUAUAACUACAUAACGAAUACAAAGCUGUCCCUCCACAAGAUUGGUUUUUCUUAUCAUCUCGGGUUCUUGCCUUCUUCCUCUCCUGCAUUUUCAAUUUAUUUUAAAUCAAUUGUAAUAUUUUUGUCUGAUUCAAAAAGGAAGUAAAUAAAUGUUGAAUUGAAUUGAAUUGAAUUGAACACUUACCAUUGUUUAUUUGUACACAUACCAUUUAUCCUUUAUAGUAUGCCGACUUGCUUUUGACUUAAUUACGGUAUUAUUUCUCAAAUUGUAUAUUACCAAGAAACAUUCUCAAUAUGUUCAUUUUAUGUCAAGCGUUGACAAAGACUACAGGAG